AUGGCCGACGGUGCGACAGGCAAGGCCGCGGGCAAGGGCCGAGGACCGCCGCCGCCUCCGCCUCCCUCAGGCAAGGCUGCCUCGAAGGGAUCCAAGCAUGCGGGGAGCCGUGCGGCCGAGUCCAUCCAGAUCUUGGCCGUCCUCAUGGAUGGUCGGGAGUUCUCCUUGCAGAUCGAGUGGGAGGGUCGCGUGGAGGGCCUCCGGAUGUCUCUGGGCACGCGGCUGGGGAUCAGCUCGCAUCGAGUGAAGCUCGCUGUGGGGGCCGAGGUUCUGAAGAACGAGUCGACUGCCAGGGCCUGCGGCCUUUCGGACGGCUGCGUUGUCAACGUUGUGAUCUUGCCGCCGCUGUACGGCACUCUGGGGCGUGCAGGAGUGGCCGCACCCGGGGAGGUCGUUGCUGCGAAGAUGGAGCUUCAUGAUGCCCUGGCUCAGGCAGGCAAGCUGACGCCGAUCCACACUUGA